CCAGGCUACUACAAUGCCGACCAGAUCCGGGCGAUCGCCAACGAAAACUUCCCUGACGAAUACAACGCGAUCCCCGAUGCCGACCAGUUGCCUUGGGAGCAACAAGACGACACCGCGACGUUUCACAAGGAAACCCUCUUCAUCGGUUACGUCAAGAUCGACAACAUGAUCUGGAAAGUCUCCGCUUACAUGCUCCGGUCCACCGGCGAGAUCCACCUCUAUCGAAAUGGCAUGCGCUUAACCAGGGCGGAUAACGCGCAUCUGCGGCUUGGGAUCCCUUGGUCGUAUUUGCGCGAGGGUGGUGAGAGACCGCACCUCAGGGAUUUGCAGGUGUUGUGUCAGAACUACUUCGUUGGGGCGGAGUUUGCUGUGGGGGUGAAGGUGAAGGAUGGGAGCUGGUUCAAGAGACUGAGCCUAGCGUGCAAGGCUGUAGGUGAGGGAUUGGGUCUACUU